CCAACUUCAUUCGCAUCCCGUUUCUUAACUCCGACAACCUCUCCCCAAAUGCCCAUUCCUCCCAUCACAAAUCCCUCCUCGUGAGAGGCGCCAUGUACUUACCACCAUGGAGCCUUCCAAUCUCACAACUGGCCCCUCGGAGAUUGGUUCCCUGACGGCCCAGUCCAACGACGAGAGUCAGUUCGUCGGCAGUUCUAGCGGCGUUUUCUUCAUCAAGACCGUUCGACAGGCUUUCUCGCAGAAUUUGGAUGGACCGGCUGGCGCUUCAUCUACCCAGGACUUUCCUCAGCCAGAAGAUACUCUUCUCGGCAGUGAUGCUUCGCCUCAUGACAGGCGUUCAGUCCCGGCCUCUGCCAAAGCAUCGCCCGCGGUGACAGAGUCACAGCCGUCCCUAGGCCAGUGGGAAUAUGAUCCUACCGUGGCGGCGGUCCUGGGGAAUGCUCCCCCGUUGGACACGGCCCGCCAGCUGAUGAUGGUCUAUUUCAAAGUCUGGCACCCGCUGUUUCCAUUUCUGCACGGGCCGACGUUUCUACAGGCCAUGGAGUUGCUCUAUUCACCUGGCAGCCGGGAUGUUGCCCAUUCGCCCUCUUCGGCACAUCGGAGUGCUUGCUGGACCACCAUCUUCCAAUGUGUCUUUAACCUGACUAGCCACCUGCGUCCGGAUCUCCAAUUUCCUGCGGAAUCCCGGGUCGGAUCUCCUAGUGGCAUGCACACCUUGCUCGGCACGCUGACGGGCAGAAAUGACCUCCCCUCUCUGCAGGCGCUGCUCGCCUCGCAGUUGUAUCUCGUGGCCAAAAUGUCACUUCGCACCGCUUCCACCGUAGGCGGGUGCAUGCUACGCUCCAUGCUGCAUGCUGGUCUCCACCGCUGUCCGUUCCGGUACAGGGAACUCUCCUCGCAUGAUCGCCAGCUGCGCAAGAGAAUCUUCUGGUCAGCAUACGCCAUUGACCGCUAUCUCAGCCAGGCCCUCGGCCUACCGCUGGGGAUCCAGGACUCAGAUAUCGAUGUCUGCGCUCCGGGAGCCCAUGAGAUCCAUAUCCCCGGAGCCUAUAAUCGGGAAUGGCCCUCGUUCUUGCCUCCUGCCGCUCCGACAGCAGAGAGCGUAGCAAGCCCACAUACCGAGAAUCCUAGCUUCAACGGACCUCGCCAUGAGUAUGACACCACCGCACCCAUGAUCCCCACGAGACCCCCGAUUUCGGGCUGGAACUCCGAGUCUCAGCAACACAGGCGAGAAAUCGCCUUCGCCAGUUACGUCGAAUCUGGCAAAUUGACCGGGCAAGCACUGGAACUCUUCCACAAAUCCAUCCUCGUGCGCUCCGUUCGGCGCAGCUCCGUGCUCUUUCUCGUCACCGACGUGCACAAAUGGUGGAACAGCCUCUCCGCUGACCUGCAAGGUGUCCCAACGCCAUCCGUACCGACGACCUCCACCGAAACUCCCUUCAACUUCGGCCCAUUCUUCACCGUCCUUUACCAACAUCUCAUCCUCUUGAUUCACCGCCCCUCACUCUCCCUCAGCCCGUCAACCGCGGAGUUCGCCUCUGGCCUUCAGACCUGCAUUGGCGCCGCUAGGGAGAUUCUCUCCGCCCUCAAGGCCCAGGUCGAUGCCGGCCAGGCCCUCUUUUGGCCUGGUUUCCUAUCCGCAGCCUGGAUGGCCGGACUGGUACUCGCUUUUGCGUGUCAGUUGCGCCAGUAUGUUCUAGAAAAGGCAUCUAGAGAAAUCUCCGAAUGUCUCGACUUUCUCCACCUGAUGUCCACGCAAUGGGAAACAGCCAAACACUGCCAUCGCGCGCUCUCCUUGCUCGCCCACAACAUCCACCACCACCACCAGUUCACAUCUCCAUCUACAACCUCCACCUCCACCAGAACCCCUUCUCUGCGUAGAGACCUCCCCAGUUCCCAACCAAGGUUCCCCCUCGAGAGACAAGCACAAAGACAACGAGACGGAUCGCCCUCAACGACAACAACAACGGACCCUAAUAUCGACACUGAGAGCCGAAAACGAAGACGUGUUGAGUCGACCACCGACUCCCCUCUGCGUGGCCAAUAUCCCGAGGCACAGCUAUCGGUAACUCCCGUUCCUGCUGGUGGGAACAACCAUACUACUCAGAUCGGAACUGCCAUGCCCACCAUGUCUUCUGACAUCCAGCCCAUCUUGGACAAUCGUCGCCUCGGUAGUGAUGACGGCGAGACAGCGGGGAGGCUACUGGGAUCUGAUCCGCACCGCACGGCUCUAGACCAGGAUCAGGAUUACGAGGAUCGGCUGUUCUUUCCCGAAGGGUCGGCAACCUCGAUGAUGGAUUUCGACCUGAGUAUGGCGGAUUUGUUGCAGGGAGCGAAUUUUGAUAAUUUGAUGGAUAUGUUUGGACAGCAGUAUCCUAGUUUUUGAGGCUGCGUGCAUAUACAGGGGUGGAAUUUCAUGCUGCGACAUCAGACUACAUACUACUUUAAACGUCUACGUAGAAUGGAAAAGCUCGAUCAAGAUC